AUGCCUGUCAAGAUAUUAGUCUUUCUUUACCGUAACCCCCAUCUGUCACCGGAAGAAUUUAAGAAGCGCUACGAAGCGCAUGUCAAACUGGUCAAGAAGCUUGCAGGCGAAGACUUCCCCCUUUCUCAUCAUCGAAACUAUAUCGCCCGCACUGCGGUCGAAAUCCCUCCGGAUGGCUCUACUGCACGCAACGCCUUCACCCCGGCCACUAUACUCCGCGGGCGACAGCCAGAUUUCGACUUUGAUGCCUACGCCGAACUUACUUUCUCGGAUCAAGUUGCCUACCAGGCCUUUGCGGCCAAGAUCUAUGCCCCGGAUGCCGCUGCCCAGAUCACGGCUGACGAGGAUAAAUUUCUGGACCGGUUGAAGAUGGGAAUCGCCUUGGUAGGGGAGGUGAGGGUUACUGUGAAAUGA